UGAGCUAAUCUCGUCCUUUUAACUGAAAGAGCAGCAAAACUCUGUGGGGAAGACCAUGCGCCUUUACUGGAGGGAAUCCAGCUGAUUGCUUAAAACCAGUCACACCCAUCCUAAAGCACACAGGAAACAGCCUCAUAAAACAACUCCUGGACUCAGGUGAGCCAGGACUGCAUCUCCCUGCCAAACGUAAUUCUGUCUUGAAGAGGAUAUCAAUUAUCUGACUUACAAGGGUGUAACAAGGGGUGAAAGGCCCAACUGGGACAAAUAUGGGAAACGAGCAGUCACAUAACAUAGAAGUAGCUGAGAAUGGGACUAUUGGUGAAAAGCAUGAAAACGGGUCAGUAAACGGUCUCUCGACAAACAUCACGUCUAACGGGCUGGAUGUGGAUGUUAAGAGCAACGUCAUUGUCCACCCGGACGACGGGCCCCAAUCUCCAACCCUUGUAAUAGAAUCAAGCAACAAUGGGAAGGUUGAGUUGGAAGUUCCAUCGGUUAUUUCUGAAAUAAUCACCAAGGAGGAGGAGGAGGAGGAGGAGGUCGCCACGGCCAAGGAAGGAAAGGCUCACCUGUUUGGAAAACUGUUCAAAAAGAAAGCAGCUCGUGCAGUUGAUAAAGACAAGGUUCUGGAACGAGAGAAAGAGACGUCAGGGGAAGAUCAGGUGGACGUGGGUCAGCUUCCCACUGAGCCACAGCAGGAAACAUCUCACCUAAAGCAGGACUCUGAAUCCCCGCCGGAGGCACAGACUGGGACUCCAGACUCCAGUCCAGAGGAAGAGCCGGCUCCUGACGCUGAGGACGGAAACCAAAGCCAAGAGGAGAGGAACCCAGAAGAUAAUCCAGUUAUGAACUUCUUCAAAACACUAGUGACUACUACUAAAACUUCCAAAAAAGAAACAGCUGCACCUGAUGCCUCAAAAGAUCAGUCCCCGAAGGAGCUCCAGCCUGCAGCAACCACAACUGCUGCGCAGAUAUCUGAGCCCCCUGCAGCCCCCAAAGGAAUGCCCGUCCCACCUCCUCCUCCUCCAGAGCCGCCCAAGAUGGAAGUCAAAGGAGAAGCAACUGCCAAACCGGUAAAGCCGGUGUCGAAAGAGGAACCCAAAGCUGCCGGGAAACAAACUGAGCCCUCAAAAGGAAAAUCAGCCAAAGAUACUCUGAACAGGUUCUUUCGCCAAAAGGAGACACCAGUGGAGGGGCCAGAUCCUGUUAUAGAAGUGAAGAUUGAAAACAAGGCUGAACCUCAGCAGGCAGCAGUGGAGGUCCAGCAAAUUGUUGAAGUGCAGAAGGUGGACCCUUCAAAAGCAGGAACUCUGGAGGCGACUGCAAAGCCAGAACCCCCACCGCCUGUCCAGGAAGAAAAGAAAUUAUCUUCAAAAUCAUCCUUCCUUUCCCUCUUCAAGCCCAAAGUACUGUUAGAUCACAUGACCACAAAAGUCCAAGCAGCCUCCACAAGUGGAGUUCAGCUCUUCAAGAAAACUACUGGACUGGCGGCUGAGCCCAAGAAGACGACUGCUCCUCCGGCAGCAGAAGCCGCUCACGCAGCCAAAGCCAAGGAGGAGCCCAAAGCAGCAGCAGCCAAGUCUGCAGACGCUGCUGCAGAAAACAAACCGGCCUCCGUGGCCUCUCAGGCUGGAGAGGACGCACCACAUGUUCCCAAAAGACUGGAGAAGAGAAACUCCAUCCACUUGUUCUUUAAAAAUCUGAGUCAGAAACGUCACUCCACAGACGCCGGGGUCCAGACGGAAGCAGCGGCUGCUCCAGCGGCUGACAAAACUAAAUGAAAAGUUUCCUUGUACAGGCACCUCCUCCCCCACUUCUCCCUCUGGUAGCUCCUGCUCUUUAUCUCUGCGUCUCUCUUAACUUUAACUACUUUUUAUAGACAUUACAAUUUAUACGGAAGAGUAUUAGGGCCAGGCAAGAGAAAAGAAAUUUGAGAGGGGAAGAUUUUUUUUUAUUGUGCACUUCAAGAAAUGUCGAGAAAAAAGUGGAAAUGUCGAGAUUAAUGUUGAAAUACAAUUUCGAGAAAAAAGUCGAAAUUUCAUGAAUAAAGUCGAAGAUUUCGUCUUUUUUCUCGACAUUUUGACUUUUUUCUCGAAAUUAUACUUCAACAUUAACCUCGACUUUUCUACUUUUUUCUCAACAUUUCAACUUUUUUCUCAACAUUUCAACUUUAUUCACGAAAUUUUGACUUUUUUCUCGACUUUUCGACUUUUUUCUCGAAGUGCAUAAUGAAAAAAAAAUCUUCCUCCUCUAAAAUAUUAUUUUUAUUUUUCUCCUGCCUGGCCCUAAUACUCUUCCGUACAAUUUGAACAGAAAUGUUGUUGGAAUGAUAAAGGAAAGUGAUCAGAAGGAGUUGUAAGCAAGUAUGGAAGCGAGAGGUGAUCUGGGAGAGUAAAAGGCCGACUAAAUGGCAACCUUAUUGAGAUUUAUAUAUUUUUGAUCUUGCAUGUUCUGAUAAGUAUAGCAACAUUAGUGUGACAUUUUUUUCUACAAACUUUUGGGCCUAAUGUGACUCCUCCCGCUUAAUCUCUACCAUACUGUGCAAAUGCAAUUCAUGGACCUUUGCUUUUCUUUUAAUAAUUGAUUUCUGUGAAAAACUAAAACCAAUUUGUCGGGUCAUAUGAGUUUAGUUUUUUAUAGUUUAUACCGGGAAAUCCAUGCAGUUGUGAUAAUGCGGGGUUGAUAUAAAACGGAAGAUGUGUUUAAAUAAUACAAAUAAAAAGAUGAAACUUGAUGUCACUGUAUAAAGCAGAUAUAAGAAGCAUGCUUAUAAAGCUAAUUGCAAAAGAUGUUUGAACUCCUUGUAAGUUGGUUGCAGACAAAAGAAGAGGCAAAUCCUGGUCUACACUCUUCUGUGAGAAACUGUCUAUACUAAUGUUUAAAAAACCCACUUGAGAUAGCAAAAUGUUGUGUAAAUGUGUCCUUGUAUCUUGUUCUUUUUUGCUGUUUUGUUUUGUUUUGAGCAAUCAAUUACUCAUUAACUUCUAUCAGCACUUACCUUCAUGUGAUUAUUUAUUUUGAAGUCCUACUGUGUUAGUCCUCUGUCUUGAGCAUUUGUGCAAUUAAUAUGAUGAUAUAUAUAUAUAUAUAUAUAUAUAUAUAUAUAUAUAUAUAUAUAUAUAUAU